AUGACACCAUUCACCUUGCAUCAGCUAACCGAAAUAUCCUCGCUUGAAGAACGCCUUGAUCAAGUUCCAUGGAAGGAAGCAGACGUGAACUGCCUCCUCUCGCACCUGCGUCCUCUGCGCGCCUGCUUCACAGAUUCCUCGUCUGGCGCAGACAUCUCCCAAGAACAGUGUGCCCGAGUCCUGUCCACGAUUUCUUCCCUCCUGUCCAGCCUCCUCACACCCCAGACGAGGCUCUACCUCGAUCAGACAGACGGCCGUGACCACCUGUCUUUGUCGGUGGCAAUCCAAUGUCUGGUCAACUGUCUCUCCUACAUGGGCCCUCGGAAGAUGCAUGUCUCCGGGGAGAUCGUGGCUACCAUCGUCGCCUCGUUGGUGUACAACGCGGACACCUGCAGCUGGGUGUUCUGCCUCACACCGGGACGACCUCUGCCGUUGUGGCGCGCCAGAAUCGGGUGCUACGCUUUCAUCCUCAUCACCAGUCUCAUCACCUCCACGCAGCAGACUGGAAUACCCCCUGAUUUCGCCAGAUUCCUCCACGUCUCGGCGCAGUGCAUGCGCGUGGUUGUUGUUGCCGGCGGCGAGAACGCGCAGCUGGAGCGAGAUUGGUUCGAUCAUUGUCUCUCCCUCACUGGCGCCCUCUGUACGUCACCACCCACGCUAGCCUACUGGACACACGAGGUGCUGGGACAGGAGCGGAUUCUCGAAUUGUCCGCCUUUUUGGGCACGCUUCUUCUGCUUCAGGACUACGGCGAGAAGUUGGACGACCUAGAGUCGCCGUCGUUGAAGAAGCUGGCUGAAACCUGUCUUCAGUCUUGCCUGUCUGUAAUGACGGUUCCGAGGCAGGCGUGGUUGAACACGCUUUUGGCAGCCCUUCGACACUGCAUAACCAGGUCGCCAUUUCAAUUGCGUCACGAAGAAGACGGUUGUAAACCGACUGUGGAGCCAAUUUCAGUUCUGCUGUCAGAUAACAAUAUUCCCCAACUGCUUGGCAUAAUGCGCGGCGCGAUUUACAUCAUGGUUGCGCUUCUUCCUCCGAUUGAGGAGGCCUCCUCAGACAACGCUUCCAGUCUCAUCGACAAUGACAGGCUACUUGCUGAUCUGAUCGCCUGCGUUGGAGAUGUCCUGGUGAUAGUCGAUUCUCUGCUUCAAGCACACCUUGCUGCGUGUGAACCAAUCGGACCACGCAAAAAGCCACCAAGUCUGAUGGACUCGAUGGUGAGGAGUUUGCGAUUGCCCCGCUCAAGUCACCAAUUCUCUAAUCGCAUUCUGUCUCACACAGCAUACGCCCGAUUCGCUCCAGCCACUUACUUGGGUGUCUUCAGAUUUGACGCUCCCCAGAGCAUUUGCUUCGCGUCAGACCUGAAACAGGAGCUCAUUCGGUGUCUGCUGGCCAUCGUGCACGCCCGACCGAACCUAGUCCCCUGCAUCGCGGAUCACGCCCGCGCCACAAGCAUAAAAUGCGUCUCCGUGGUGGAUGCCAUCCCAGUGAACGCUCGCGACGUCUUCUGGGCCGUGAUUAACUCCACGCAGCGUGAUCCGGCGAGCCCCGUGGCCGUGGAGUGGACCAUUGUGCUGUUGCGGUUGCUGCUCAAGCCUGCGGACGCCUCUGCCGAGGUUCAGCGCGCCGCCGCGUCCAUGUCGGAGAGGAUUGCCCAACUCAAACCCACGGCCACGAUCAGAGAACAACUAAAAACCCUCGUUGGCGUUGAGCUGCCAAAAUAG